ACAAUUACAACAUGGUCCUUGUUAUUGCUACCAUCCUUGAUCCAAGACACAAAUUUGAUUUUCCAGACUUCUUCUAUGAAAAAGUAUGUGAGAAUUUUGUUGACAUUGACUUGAGCAAAAAUAUGGCUAAAGAUUGGUUGGGUAAAUACUUUAGAAAGUAUGAAGAGGUUAUAAGAAGAAAUGAUACAAGUUUAGGACCUCAAGUUGAUGUGUCUAACAGCAUGGCGAGCUAUUUACCAGUGCUAAUUCAAGGCAAGAGAAAAAUUCACCGGGAAUUUGCUCAGUUUAGGUCUCAGAGAAGAGGGAGCUGGGUACAAAAAUUAGAAUUGGAUGCCUAUUUGGAAGAAUCACCAGUUAGAGAAGAUGAAAAUUUUGAAAUCUUGACCUGGUGGAAGACAAACUCCAACAAGUACCCUGUGUUGUCAGCUAUGGCACGUGAUGUUCUAGCUAUUCCACUAAGCACCGUUUCUUUUGAAUCCGCAUUCAGCUUGGGUGGUCGGAUUCUUAGUGACAAUCGAAGCUCGAUGACGCCACAAACUCUUGAAGCCCUGAUUUGCUGCAAAGAUUGGUUGUACAAAUAUCCAACCAAUGAAGUCCAAGGGCAAAUCAUGAGAAGCUGAGAUGGCUCCUAAAGGUACACCUGACAUAAUGCCUAAUAUAUUAUAAAAUCAUAUAACUGGAUUACCUUUGCACAUGCAUCAAAAUUUAACAAUAGCUCUGAUAUGUGCUCCAAAAAAACAUUUUUGCUUUACAUCUUCUGAUGCUAUAAUUCCUCGAGCACAGUAGUUUUAUUUGUGCCUGUGUUGUUCUCAAAGACAUAGCAGCAGUGAGUGAGAUAAGUUUUUUUUUUCUUUGAACAAGGAUUGGGAUAAGUUGCUCCUAGUCCUAUUUGUUUUAGCAGUUUAGCUGAUUUAUUUGCUCAAAUAUUUCAGAUGGUCUGUUUCUUGGUUGCACAUAUUGUUCUCCUGCAUUUCCAGGAACGGUCCAUGAUGAAGACAGCAUGCAGAUCUUUUGCCAAGACUCGAUCAUGCCCAAUGUGUGGAGAGGCUUUUUGAGGAUAUUGGCGAGGAACAUGGCAAAGAGAGUUUGAGACAAUGACAAUCAGACAAUGCUGUCAUCCACAUGUCCCCUUUUUGAAGCUCCAGAAGCUGCAUAUCUUGGUUGUUGUGCUGUAGAUUCAGAUGCUCCCCCUUGAUUUGCAUCCAAGAUGCAGAAGGGGCACUGUAAUUUUGGUAUAAUAUUUUGUUCGCUAGCUUGUCUCCUGGGCUGAACAUCCAAGAUGCAGAAUUUUUUGUGUGUUUUGUGAUCGUUUUGAAUCUUGGAAACCUCCCAUCUUUGUCUGAAUCAACGUGUUGAU